AUGAUAAGAUUUAUUCUUAUUCAAAAUCGUGCUGGAAAAACCCGUCUGGCCAAAUGGUACAUGAAUUUUGACAACGAUGAAAAGCAGAAGCUGAUCGAAGAAGUGCAUGCUUGUGUUACAGUUCGUGAUGCAAAGCAUACCAAUUUUGUCGAGGUUGGCGCUUUUCUCCGAAUCCGUUUUGGCUUUCAGUUUCGGAACUUCAAAAUAGUUUAUCGACGCUAUGCGGGCCUCUACUUUUGCAUUUGUGUUGAUAUACUGGAUAAUAAUUUGUAUUAUUUGGAAGCGAUUCAUAAUUUCGUGGAAGUUUUGAACGAAUAUUUUCACAAUGUAUGCGAGCUUGAUUUAGUGUAUACUGUGGUGGAUGAAAUGUUUCUUGCCGGUGAGAUACGUGAAACUUCACAGACUAAGGUGCUGAAACAAUUGCUCAUGCUUUCAUCCUUGGAAUAA